CCCCUUGAGAAAAUGUUUGUGGACACCUAUCUCCUUAGGCUGCUCGUGGUGCUGUUUUGGAGUUUCCAUGCUACGUGCGCCUUGCCUGGAAACCAUGUCCACUCCAGCUUCAUAUACAGAAGACUGCGGAAUCAUGAGAGAAAGGAGAUCCAAAGGGAGAUUCUGUCUAUUUUGGGUUUACCCCACAGACCCAGGCCAUUCUCCCCAGGGAAACAAGCCUCUUCAGCACCCCUGUUCAUGCUGGAUUUGUACAAUGCUAUGACUAAGGAGGAUGACCAUGGCAUGUUGGGGUACACAAUAAGUGGGGCAAUGCUGGAGAGUAGGGGGCUGAGAAAGGGCUAUCCUGUCCUUGCCAACGGGUAUUCACGAAAAGCCCAGGCUUAUCGGAACCCUCCACUUGCCACCCAGCGCCCACCUUUAGCCAGCCUCCAUGACUCCAACUUUCUCAUCGAUGCGGACAUGGUCAUGAGCUUCGUUAACCUAGUUGAAAGAGACAAGGACUUUUCGCACAAUCGAAGGCACUAUAAAGAAUUUCGUUUUGAUCUUACUCAAAUCCCACAUGGAGAAGCAGUGACAGCCGCAGAAUUCAGGAUUUACAAGGAUCGAAGCAAUAAUCGUUAUGGGAAUGAAACCCUUAAGAUUAGCAUUUACCAGAUCAUCAAGGACUAUUCAAACAGGGAUGCUGAUCUCUUCUUGCUAGAUACACAGAAAGUUCAGACAUAUGAUGUUGGCUGGCUUGUGUUUGAUAUUACUGUAACCAGUAACCAUUGGGUUAUCAACCCACAGAACAAUCUGGGGUUGCAACUAUGUGCUGAAACUAGUGAUGGUCGGAGUGUAGGUGUUAAGUCAGCUGGCCUCAUUGGAAGACAUGGCCCACAGUCGAAGCAACCUUUUUUGGUUGCCUUCUUCAAAGCAAGUGAAGUCUUCUUACGCUCUGUUAGAGCUACAAACACAAAAAAGAAAAAGCAAGAAAGAAACAAAUCUACAACUUCACAUGACAGCUCAAGGAUGCCAAGUAUUGGAGAUUAUAACACAAGUGAACAGAAGCCAGCAUGUAAAAAACACGAACUUUAUGUCAGCUUUCGUGACUUGGGCUGGGAGGAUUGGAUAAUAGCUCCAGAAGGUUAUGCAGCCUUUUAUUGUGAUGGAGAAUGUUCAUUUCCACUUAAUGCUCAUAUGAAUGCCACAAACCAUGCUAUUGUGCAAACGCUUGUCCACUUGAUGUUUCCAGAACAUGUUCCCAAGCCAUGCUGUGCCCCUACAAAGUUAAAUGCUAUAUCCGUAUUGUAUUUUGAUGACAGCUCUAAUGUCAUAUUAAAAAAAUACAGAAAUAUGGUUGUGAGGUCAUGUGGCUGCCAUUAG